AUGGGUAAACGGAGUGUAUCAGUCGAUUGCUCCGAAGAUGUCCUGCGUAGUUAUGCUACAUCGUUCACGUCGUGGAGCUUAUUCCUUCCACUCGCCAGAUUUGCAAUCAACAAUGCAGUCGAUGCGUCAACAGGAUUGACGACAUUUUUUGUGAGCACCGCGAGGCACCCUCGCGUUUCAGCGCAUCUUGCUUUCAAAGAUUCACCACACACGAGCUCUACGCUUGGUGGGGGAGUAUCUGCCGAUGGCAUUGCGCCUGAACAUUUGAUGAUUAAUUACGUUGUCGAUAAGGUCGCUCACGAUGCGUCUCAUGCUGUUAAUUUUGUGGCCAACGGCGUCUCAAGUCCCGACACGAUGCAUCCCGUCACGCCCUCCUUAGCUAAUUUUGCUCCUACAGAGUUCACUUCACUUAUUAGCUCGGCUGCUGUGACCGAUCUUAUAUUGCUCCGACAAGGAAUUACACGCUUUGUACAUGAUGCCCUUCAACAAGCCGUCGACAAGCAAAAAGAGAACGAGGCCAAGCGAGGUCGAAAGCACCUGUCAAUAUUUAACGAAGGUGAUAAAGCCCUAUUUUCGACAAGUAGGCUGCAAGCACAUCCGUGA